AUGGUGAUUGAAGAAAGCUCAGCGUCUGUUAACCCUGGAACGGCCAUGGGUGACUUGACAUUUGCAAAAAGAAAGAGAACUUUAUCUCAAGUGUCUCCACCAAAGGAAGGUGGCCAAGGUCCACCGAAGUGUCGCAAGGAUGGUUGGCCACAUACUGUCAGAUCAAUUUCACCCAUCCCAUCUUCUACAGACAUUCAAGAAUCUGGAUUUAUCUUGUCUCCUUUGGCACCUAUAUUGCCUUUGAAUCCAAACUCUGGCAGUCCUAUAGAUGAUGCAUCUGUGCUUCUCGACACAUGGGAUGAAGAAAUGGCCGAUGAAAAUCAGGAUGCAGAUGGAGAACAACAACAGACGUCUUUCUCUCCAACUCAUAUCAAUGAGGGUGCAAUUCCACAUGACACUGAUCCACCAGAUCAUUCAAGGAAUACCAUGCCCUCCCUCUCAGCAAUUGAAUGUCUUGUAAUGACUGAGAACAAGAUGCAGGAUAAAAGCAUGACACCUGAAAAACCUUGUGUUGGUAUACCCACUCCCCGACCAAUGGAAGAGGUCGCUGGAUCUCAUACUAUACCUCAGGACAACUGUGAAAUAGAAGUGGUUCCACAUGAUGACACCACCAUCACCAUGAUGUGA